AUGGCGGCGCGCGCGCGGCGGGGUGGCCUGGUGGCGACCCUCCUCGCCGGAGCUUUGCUCGCCUUCGGCCGCCUGCCGCUCGCCCUCGGGCAGGCGGCGGCGGAAGGCACGGCGGCAGCUCUGCCGCACCGCCGCUUUGAGUACAAGUACAGCUUCAAGGGGCCGCACCUGGUGCAGGCGGAUGGGACGGUGCCGUUCUGGGUGCAUACGGGCAAUGCCAUACCAAGUGCAGAUCAGAUUCGUAUAACAACAUCUUUGAAAAGCCAAAGAGGAUCAGUGUGGACAAAAAACAAGUCAAUAUUUGAAUACUGGGAAGUCGAAGUGACCUUUCGAGUUACAGGAAGAGGCCGCAUUGGAGCUGAUGGAUUGGCAAUCUGGUUUACGGAAGAGCAAGGCUUGGAAGGUCCUGUUUUUGGGGCAGCUGAUAAAUGGAAUGGUGUUGGAAUUUUCUUCGACUCCUUUGACAACGAUGGAAAGAAAAACAAUCCUGGAGUGAUCAUUGUAGGCAACAAUGGAAAACUUCUAUAUGACCACCAGAAUGAUGGUUCCACGCAAGCAUUGGCAUCCUGUCAGAGGGACUUUCGUAACAAGCCCUAUCCUGUUCGAGUAAAGAUAACAUACUACCAAAAAACAUUGACUGUAUUAAUUAACAAUGGCUUCACUCCGGAUAAAGAAGACUAUGAAUUUUGUGCAAAAGUGGAAGAUAUGGCGUUGCCAUCACAAGGAUAUUUUGGAAUAUCUGCAGCAACAGGGGGACUUGCAGAUGAUCAUGAUGUCCUGUCUUUUCUGACCUUUCAGUUGACUGAGCCUGGGAAGGAAGUACCAACACCAGAUGCAGAAAUUCCUCAAAAAGAUAAAGAGAAGUAUCAAGAAGAGUUUGAACACUUUCAGCAAGAAUUGGAUAAAAAGAAAGAAGAAUUUCAAAAGGAACAUCCUGAUGUGCAAGGACAGCCAGCGGAUGAUCUUUUUGAAAGUGUAAGUGAUCGUGAACUGAGACAAAUCUUUGAGGGGCAAAAUCGAAUUCAUCUUGAAAUCAAACAGCUUAAUAGGCAAUUGGACAUGAUUCUGGAUGAGCAGAGGAGAUACGUUUCUGCAGUCACAGAUGAGAUUGCUAAAAGAGGAGCUGGUUUUCCAGGUCAACAAGGACAGGUUUCCCAGCAAGAGAUUGAGAAAGUUGUGAAAACUCAAGAAGAGGUCAUUAGACAAGUAAAUGAAAUAAGAAAUUCCAUGGCUGAUACUCUGAGGUUGAUCAGUGGAGCUCAACAUCCUGGCUCUGCUGCAGGAGUCUAUGAAACAACUCAGCACUUCAAUGACAUCAAAGAACACCUUCAUGUAGUAAAGAGGGACAUUGAGCAUUUAGUACAACGAAAUAUGCCAUCUAGUGAGAAAUCAAAGUGUCCAGACUUACCACCGUUUCCAUCGUGCUUAUCUACAAUGCACUUCUUCAUAUUUGUAGCAGUGCAAACAGUGUUAUUCAUUGGUUAUAUCAUGUAUAGGAGUCAACAAGAAGCAGCAGCCAAAAAGUUCUUUUGAUGACCUGUUCCUUUUGUGCGUACAUAACAGCAGUAUGUAUGCACAGAAAAUUAUACACUUCUGUAAAUGAGGGAAAUUUUAGUGUUGGAUAUACUUCAAUAUUGUAAAUUAUUGAAUUUUGUUAAACGAAAUGAAUUCUCAUUUAUACUGUUAAUGCUAAAGUUAAAAACAGACUGGGGAGUAGUGGAGAAAAUGCUAGAUAGUGGAAGACUGCGAACCCUAUCUAGGUCUGUGUUUUCAGCUAACUUUCUCAUAAAUACUGGAAGGCAGAUGCCGUAUUCCUCUUCUUUUGUUAAGAUUCCAGAGGAGGGAAUUGAAACUCCCAGGUUUGGUGGUUGUUCACAAUGAGAAUUGCAGAUGGAUGAUUUGUGUAGAAAGCUUGCCAUUAAGUGUCCUGACAUACCAGUUUAAAAAAACAAAAGCAAACAAACAAAAAAACCCCAAACAGCUGCUCUUUAUUUUUUUAGGGGGGUGAAAAUUUGUUAGAAACAUUUCAUUUCUUUACCACUUGGAUUUAACAGUUUAAGAAUUAUUAGUUAAUUCUAACUCUUCAUGAAAUAUAGAUUUAAGCACUUUUUAAUAUGUGGACACAAAGGCAGGCCUUUAACAGUCUGACUUUUGAUACCUGAUAUAGGAAACAAACUAUACAGAACAAGCAAAUAAAGGCUUAUCUUCUUAUUUUGAGUUUUGGUUUUAGGCAGUGAGAGAAAACAUGAUAAAGUAGUUUUCUUCAAGUAUAUUGUGGGACUGAUUUCUUUUUUGUAGUUUCAAGGCUGUCUGUAAUCUUAUUUGGAGAUUUGUGGAACUUUUUCAGCAAAGUUAUCAUUGCUUUAUACCUCUUCAAAUCUGAUUUUAUUAAGGAUGUGUUUAGUGUAUGAAUAUGUCUUUACUUCUAUAAAGCUGUCUUGUGCCUUUCAUGUAUCAAAUACAGACGCUUUGAUUUAAAUCUUGACAUGGCAAGUAUUCUAAACUACAGAUAUUGAGUGUUAACCUAUUUCUUCACAAGCUGUUGCUUCAGACAUGUUUGUUAAUCCAGCAGAUACUGUAGAACCAGUUUUGUGUGUCAAUUCCUGCUUUAAUGUCAAAAGUGUAAGACUGAACAUGUGGUUUUGAUACUGCUUAUCAGGUGAAUAUUUGCUUCAGGAAAGAAACAUAGCAGAUAGCCCAAAUUAGGAAUGUGAAAUGGACUAAUUUUGCCUUGUUUACAUUUCUGUGGUAACUUUGUCCUUGAGUUGUUUGUGUGUAGAGUUAGAAUAGGGUGUUUUGUUUUGUUAAAAUUCUAUAAAAUACACAAAUGCAUCAGGAUAUUUCACUUUUAAUUAUUAAUCUGUUAGUCUGAAUCUGCAAAAAAAUUAUCUGGAAUCUAGCAUACUACUACUGCAUUCCUACAGUCUACUCCCUUGGAGUGCAACACAUGCUGCCAAAUUCACUGUAACUAAGAACACUUCAGUAUUGUGCCUGUCGGUUUGGAGAAAUGAUAAAUCUAUGCAAUGUAUUUUAUUACUUAAAAUACAGUGUCCAAAAACCAGAUGUCUGUGCUCCACCAAUAAAACGAUACUACCUACACACCUAUUUACAUAGAUGCAGUAUGUAGUAUACUGUAAGUGGUACAGCUUUGUAGAUUUCUAAUUUGAGAAGAUUUUGCUGUACUAAUUGGAGGAACUACUGCCUCAAGCUAAUCUUGCUGGAUAAAUCAAUGAAAAAACCUUUUCGGAUAAGCCAGAAUAACACAUAGGAAUUUAUCCAUUCAGUUCUUUCAACACCAGCAAAGAUUUACAGGUGCCUUGAGUCUAAGCUAUUACAACCUUGACUCUUCUAACUAAACUUAAUGUAUUUUCUUAAAUUGUUCUGAAAAUGUACGGUGUUGUUCCUUUCAAUUGCAAGCCUUCCUGCAUCAGUGCAAUACCUAAACAGAACUCCCUCUCUCACAGCAGGCUUUGCAAGACCCUUUAUGCAGAAAGGCUAGCAAUUGUAUUUUGGUAAGUAGGUACAUAUAUCUGGCAUAAUGAGGAACAGCUUUAAUGUAUCAAUUGGAGGAAGCCUGUAUUUUUUGCUACUGUGAAUUUAUCCAGGCAUAACUUUAUUUUAAAGUUGGAGCAGCCCAUACUUUCGUGUCUUUUGUUAGAAAGAAGAGAAGGCUGAGGAUGGUGUCUAGGCGAAAACUUGAACCUAUAAUUGUAUCUUUAGUAUGAGGCUCAGCUUGUGUGUUUAUGCUGCUGAUAGAUCUGACAUAUCUCCCAUGUGCAACUGGGAAACUUUUGUAUUAGGGAGCAGAAGGUCUAAAGUGUAACAUCCAAAAAGUGAUAACUUUUGCUUCGUGCUUCAUUUCACAGUCGUCUCUCCUUGGAACUUCCAUAAUUGCCUCGUCACUCACUGGAUCAAAGGAAAGCUCCCAAUUGCCCAGCUCAAAUUUUGUCCUGUCUGUCCUUGAAGUGAUAGCAACAAAUAAUGGACCUUAAGGAUGUUUGUCAGUCACUGUAGCCUCCUGUUAUGGCUGGCUACUAGAAGUUUCUUUCAACACUGAUAGCAUGCUUGAUUCUUAUCAAGCAAGAUUUCAGGACUAGGAGGAGAAGACACCUUGGAAUCCAGUUUGACAAUAUGGGGGAGAACAAGUCUAAUAAUGGUAUUUGAAGUGUGGGUGAUAAGUAGCAAACAUUUGGCAGUGACAAGAGAAUCUCAUUGUACUGGUCAGGGUACGUUAAGUACGUGGUCACACCUGAAUUUUUCAAAAGUAAAAUUCACAAUAUGGUUUGUAAAUUACCUAACUUUCUGUUUGAAGAAAUUUGACAUUUAUCGAUGCAUCAGUUACUGUAACACCGAAGACUGUCUACUGUUUUUUUUAAAUUCAAACAGCUGACAUUUUCAUGUGUUUGUUUCUGACUAAUGUAAAUUGACACUUGGAGUUCAGAGAUAACCUUAUUUGAAUAAAGAUGCAUAUUUUUA